GCCGCGGCCGUGGCAGCUCCGCGAUGCCGCCUCCGGAGCCCAUGCCCGGCUACGGGGAGCUGCUCCGCCGGGGCUACGGCAGCCUGGCCGCGGCCGCGCGGAGCUGCGGGGACUGCGGCUGGCAGCUGGCGCUGCGCACCUGGGCCGAGAACGCGCACCUGGGCUGGGCGGAGGUGCUGCUGUGCGGGAUCUGCGCGCUGGGCUGGACCGCGCUGCGCCGCGCCUGCUCCCGCCGCCUCUUUCGGCCCUUCGGGGAGUGGUGCAAGCUGCAGCCCAGAGAUGCUGCCAAGAUGCCCGAGAGUGCCUGGAAGUUGCUGUUCUACUCCUUGUCGUGGUCCUACGGCGCCUACCUGCUCUUCUGCACCGACUACCCCUUCUUCCACGACCCGCCCUCCGUCUUCCGUGGCUGGCAGCGGGGCAUGGAGGUGCCCGGGGACAUCGCCAUCGCGUACCUGCUGCAGGGCAGCUUCUACGGCCACUCGCUCUACGCCACCGCCUACAUGGACACGUGGCGCAAGGACUCGCUGGUGAUGCUGCUGCACCACGUCGUGGCCCUGACCCUCAUCGCCUCCUCCUACGCCUUCAGGUACCACAACGUGGGCAUCCUGGUGCUGUUCCUGCACGACGUCAACGACGUGCAGCUGGAGUUCACCAAGCUCAACGUCUACUUCAAGCACCGCGCCGGGGUCUACCACCGCCUCAACGACGUCAUCUCCAACAUCGGCUGCCUCGCCUUCAGCGUCAGCUGGUUCUGGUUCCGUCUCUACUGGUUCCCCCUCAAGGUGCUCUACGCCACCUGCCACUCCAGCCUCCAGUCUGUCCCCAACAUCCCCUUCUACUUCUUCUUCAACGCCCUGCUGCUCGUGCUCACCCUGAUGAACAUCUACUGGUUCCUGUACAUCGUGCUGUUCGUGGCCAAGGUGCUGCUGGGGCAGAUGCAGGAGGUGAACGAUGUCCGUGAGUACGACGUGGAGGAGAGCAGGAAAGCUGGGAAGGAGGCUGGGAUCCAACUGCCCCGGGCUCUGAAGGAAGGGCUGCACCUCAGGAACGGCCUCGUGAAGGACAAGAGGUUGUGAGGGCGGCGUGGCCACGGCUGCCAGGGCCUGGCACCGCCCAGGACGC